AAGAGAGAGAGAGGGGAAAGGAAUGACACAAACAGAGGAGUGAGAAAGUGAGAAAACAGUGAAAAGGAAAGGAAAGCGAUAAUGUUUCCACCAGGAUCGCCUGUGUGAAAUGGAAGUCAAGAGUCUCAGAGAGGGAGAGGAGAUGAAUGGAGGGGGUAAAGGAAGGAGCGUAGGUGUAAAAAGGGGAUGGAGAAGCAGCAUUCCUGACCGCACACUUACAGAACGGGACGAGAAAGAGGGAAAGAAGUUAAUCUGAAAUCCAGAUGCUUUACGGACCAACAGAGGGUGUUUCAAUGACGUAAGCAGUCAGACAGCCAUCCAGUCAUGGCGCUGUGGUGGUGCGCCAACAUCUUCUGCCGGUUGGCUGCAGCGUGGUUUCCCCUGCUCUUCUCAUCACUGCUAUGGCAAACGAUCUCCCCCAUACAUGCCAUCCCAUCCUGCCCCCGGAGCUGUAGCUGUCCGGGCGUCAAAGAGGUCCACUGUACGUUCAGACACCUCACCACCAUACCAAAAACCUUUCUGAAAAACACAGAGAGACUCAACCUUGGUUAUAACAGCCUGACGGAGUUGGACGGGUCAGAAUUCAGGUCACUGCGGGAACUGGAAAUGCUCAUGUUGCACGGCAACGACAUAAGCACAAUCCAUCCUGGGGCGUUUUACAACCUGAGGUCACUACAGAUCUUGAAGUUGAGUUACAACAAGCUCACAUUGGUGAACCCUGGUCUAUUGGAGGGCCUUGUUGGUUUGAUCCGUCUCCAUCUGGACCACAACCUCAUUGACUUUAUAGAGCCCUACUCCUUCUCUGGCCUGACCUCCCUAAAACUCCUGCAGCUGGAGGGGAACCUUCUCAAAGAGAUCCACCCUCAUACCUUCAUAACGGUGUCACUGCUAGGAAGCUUUUGGACCUCUGGACUCAAACACUUACACCUGUCAGACAAUCUGUUGGAGCAGCUUCCUGCCGUAGCACUGAAGACAGCUCCCAGGCUUGAGCUCCUCUCUCUGCAUGGUAACCCCUGGACCUGUGACUGUCAGCUCCACUGGUUAAUAGAAUGGAGCUCCACACAUGAAGGCGUAAUAAAGUGCAAGAAGGAACGUGGCUCCAGUGACACUUGCCCCCUGUGCUCCUCUCCUCAACCCCUGAAUGGGAGCCUUUUGCUAGAACAGACUCCAGACAAGCUCACCUGUGAACGGCCAUCUCUUCGCUCCACCCUCAAACAGUGGGACAAUCCUGUGUGGGCUGAAUCUGAUGCAGAGCCUGACCUCCCGUACACGCGGGACUUUGAAAAGCCUUUGGGCCAUCUGACUUUUGUUCUCUCUGACAGCCAUGGAAACAGUGCUCACGUGGCGUGUGACGUGCGGCACCCUGGAGACAGUUCACCCAUGACUUGGUCAGGAAAACCACAUUCACCCGGGGAGUUGUCUGUCAAUGUGUCACUGGUGACUGUCCUGGAGUGUGAGAUUGAUCGGGAGACGUUGCAAAAUCUAUGGCAAUUGGUCGCAUAUUACUAUGAAAGCCCUGCUAUUUUGGAGAGAGGUCAGCAGAGAGGAAAUGCAAGUGGAGUAACCUAUCAAUAUGUCCAAGCCGUAAAUGAAAAUUCCCCAUAUUUCACAGAAUUAAAAGGGUAUUUGGUAGCAGAACCCUCGUGGCUGCUUCAACCCAGAGUCACUUUAAGGCUCAACAGACAGCAGACAACAACCAAGAAACUGGUGAUGGAUUUCACUACUGUAAUCACCAAGCAAGUCAACAGCCAUAGAGGGACGGAAGAUGACAAUGACCACACCAUGUCCUGGGCUCUAAUUCGCAGAGGGACAGCCGGGCGGGUUCAGACUGCUCUCGAGGGUUCAAAGGUUAACUUGGAGUGCAGUGUUGUCACUUCAGAUCAGGAGGUGAAGGUGGAGUGGAUGCUUCCAGAUUUGUCCAUUGUGGAAGAUGCAACUGAUAAAGUUGAAAUUUCUGAAAGAGGAGAACUUGUGAUUUUGAACGCCACACUGUCUGACUCAGGCCUUUACCACUGUAUGGUCAGAACCAUAGCCGGUGUGGACUUGGUGCCUCUGAGGCUCACCAUCAAACAAUUCUCACUCAGCCCCACCGCCUUCAAUGGUCAGAAAAUUGUAGUUGAAAGGGGACACUCCUUUACCCUCCCUUGUGAGGUGACCUCAGUCCUGCCCAGUCAAACGAUGUGGUACCUACCUAAAAACCAAAUUCUUCUUCCCACGCAACAGACAAGACGGACAGAAGUGAUGGAAAAUGGGACCUUGUUCGUAAGGAGGUUAACACAAGAAGAUGCAGGGGAAUAUACCUGCCUGACCUCAAAUAUGUAUGGCGUUGACAUGCUUUCACACAUGGUGGAAGUCACAGGAGAAAAGACUUCUGAUGGGUCCAAAGUACAGACUGCGCAAGAGCAGCCGAGCUUGACAAUUGGCGUGGAGGAAGGAGAGGGUUCAGGGGGAGAUUACCAGGAAAUUAUACGUCCUUUUGCUACACAGUUCCCUAAGAAGGUAGGAACACAACAAAGGAAUUCUAAUGGCCUUUCAAAAAGGAAAAGAAUCAAAGAUUUCAAGAGAAAACCCAAUACAUCUGUGAAGGAGUUAGAUCCAAAUCGUUGGGCAGAGAUAUUGGCUAAAGCUAAAGCUAAACCAAGUGUUGCUCUGCCCACAGAGCAGUCACUACCAGAGCCUAGCACUGUAACCGUCCAAACAGGUACUUCCAAACCUACUACUACAGCUGCUUCUACAAUAGCUUCUACUGCUAACAACUUACCCCUUACUACUACCCCGUUUGAUAUUAGUACAGAGCCAAAACAUUUCCCCAUCGACACAAAAGCUAAGACUGAAGCCUAUUCUACAGAGAAGAAAGGGGAUAGCUCAGAAACAUCUGAAAGUCUUCCAGAGGUUUUACAACCACCGCCUACCAGAAGUACAGAACCAACCCCACACAAGGUUGAUGGGAUCGUAAUAAAAGCAGAAGCUGUCACAGACCCCACUGCUGUUGGAACUCCUCAACCAGUCGAUCAGUCAGAAAAUAGGCACUCUGGAGAGGGGCGAAGGAACAACAACCUUGUUCCUGGUCAGUCAAACAGAAGAAGACCACCGUAUAGACGUAGAAAACCCCCAGUGAGAGUCCGACUGCACGGACAGCCCUUCUACCAUUCAUCAAACAAGCCCCAAACAACUGUUCCCCCAACAACAACCACCACCACACCAACAACAACAACCACCAUACCAACAACAACUACUACUACUACUACUACUACUACUACUACUACUACUACUACUACGAUAACAACAACUGUUCCAACCACAGUGGAAAACCAUGAAACCUUAUCUGCUGAGUAUCAGACUGAGGAAGAUGAAGGCGAAUACUAUGAAGAAUAUAACUACAAGGAUAGUGGUAGUUUGGAUGCCAAGAAAGAUUUAAAUGGUGAAACCCUGCAUACCACUCAUGAUCUCGACAGUAGCCUUACCAAUUUUCCAUCAGCUAGAGAAAAGGAUGUAGGUAGCUCUCCACCUAAUCCAAAGUCGAUUGUCACUCCAAAGAUAGAUAGUACGCCUCAUCCAACUGAUAGGACUGUUGAAGAGAAGGAGACAGACACUGUAAACCUAAAGCUGUCUGAGAGACAGAGGGUGAAGAUAAGAACACAAACUGAAGAAAAGGGCAAAGACAAUACAAAUCUGGCAGGAGAGAGUGAGAGGGAGGUAACAACAGCAAUGGAAAGGCAAGAAACUGACGACAUAGACACAGAAGGCAUUGAGAAAGACACAGACAAAUCUGAAAGGAAGUGGGCUACACAGAGCUACAAUACGCGGGAUAGUAUCCGCUUAACCACACAAAAUAGACCAAAACCUAAUGCUCAACCUUUACCGGAACAAAAUGCACCAACCCAAGCACGCACUUCAUCUUCCAAGAUCAUUACCUCACAUUCAACAAGAGGCAGAACAAGACAAGAAGUCACACAGAAAGAGCAUAAAGAUGUAAACAAGGCAAAAGUGAAGCCUGAGAUCCACAGUUUCCCUAUAAUGGAGCCGGUUCACCCCUGGCUCCAUCAGAACAAACAGGCAGGAGGGCAAACUACUACUUCCAGGAUGACACAGACAAACCAAGACAGAAACACAGGAAGACAGAGGGAAGUGAAUCCAGGCAGACAUUCCCAACCUCCCAGAGUCCCCCCGACCUCCCACUGGACUUCACACCAUCAUCACCAUCAAUACUACCCCCUCUACCCUUCCUGGCCAGGUCAAAGGGCAUUUCCUUAUCCAAGGCAAGGUCCUGGGUCACACCCUGUGCCCACACACAGACCCUGGCCUCUCCCCCACCCCUGGGCUCAAAGCCCGGUUGUCACCAACCGACCAGAGAUCACCGCUGAAACGGUGAAGCCCACACCUACAGUUUCUGGAACAACAGGGAACUACAAAGUUACACUCUCUAAUCCCCAUUUGUCACAUCACCAUCACCAUUACCUUCAAAAUCAUCAUGUGGAUGGCAGGACCCAAACCAGAGACCAACUGUUUCUAUCAAGGCUGAGAAACAGAUACAGACAGGCGCAGCUUGAUCGCAUUGCUCAGUUAGGGAGGAUGGUGACACCCAAACCUCGCACUAGCUACCACAAUCCUCCAUCUCCCGUCACACCUAAACCCAACCCUCCAUCUCCACAUAGACCCUACAUCCCCAGACCAGCAGCACCCACUGCUUUCUACACUUACACCCUGCAACCACCGAACCCUGCUAAACCUUCAUCAUCAUCAUCAUUCUCUGGUUUCAUCACGACCCCUCGUCCUCACCACCCCACCACCCCUGGGGUUCUGCAAGGAGGUCGGUGGCCUGUUGGAGGACGUAUCAGCUCUCGGCGACCCACUGCCGCUCCCCCUUUCCCAUGGGUGUUGGCAGCAGGAAGUGAUGGGCUGAAGCCCCGUAUUACCACGGUGACCACAGCUAGUGUGUCAGUGCUGGCGGAGAGUGAUGUGUUCCUGCCCUGCAAAGCAACAGGGAAUCCCGAACCCGACAUCGCAUGGACCAAAGUCUCCACAGGUGCCACCAUCCCAGCCAACACCAAGCAUGGUCCCCGUUUUGAAGUCUUGAAAAACGGAUCUUUUGUUAUAAAAAACAUCCAGCUUCAGGAUAGAGGCCAGUACCUCUGCACAGCCCAGAACAGCUUCGGAUCAGAUCGCAUGGUCAUCACCUUAGCUGUCCAGACUGAGGCACCCAGGAUCCAGCCGCCCAAGUCCACAGAUAUAGCAGUCUACUUAGGGAAAAGCGUGACUCUUGACUGCUUCGCUUCGGGAAAACCACCUGCCCAAAUUUCCUGGAUUCUUCCGGACAGGACAUUUGUACGCGAAGUCGGGACUGUUCACGCUCCCCUUUCUCCGAUGUCUCUGCUUCAAAAUGGAACCCUUCACAUUCACUCUCUCAAUUUCUCCAGCAAAGGGGACUAUAAAUGUAUUGCAAGCAACGCAGCAGGUGCUGAUACAAUCACUUAUCAUCUCCAUGUGGCAGCUCUGCCUCCAACCAUCAGCGAAGAAGCAAUGGAUACUGUGAUCAUUCAGCCAGGCAGGAGUGUGUAUGUCCAUUGCUCUGUGAAGGGCGAACCAGUGCCUGCCCUGAAAUGGGCGCUCCCCGCAGGGGUCCAUGUUAAGCCAUCUCAGUUUCUUGGACGCAGGCUGUUUGUCUUCCCCAAUGGGACGCUGUAUGUGAAGAAUGUUUCACCAGCUGAUGCCGGGAGGUACGAGUGUUUGGCCGCUAAUACUGUGGGCGUUGCCAAAAGAACUGUUCAGCUGGAAGUGAGGGAAGAUUCCCCCUCCUUCCCCCGCCAGCCUCUUCCCCCUCUUCCCAUCCCCCCAACCCACCACCAUGGUGUGCCAUCCCGACAGCACUCUGUCUCCGCUAUGUACGGGUCCGCUGUCUACCUCCACUGUCCAGAGUCUACCGGAUCCACAAGAGGCACCAUCUGGCAGCUACCCUCCAAGACCAUCAUGGAACAUCGAUACAGUCCAGAGAGACCAAUUAAAGUUUUCCGUAAUGGGACUCUGAGGAUUCUUCAGCUAACAGAGCUAGAUGGUGGAAAUUAUGCAUGUGUCUUUCAGCGGCCCAAUGGGGAGGACAUGGAGCUUUUCCAGGUGGAGGUGGUAAUGACCCCUCCCAGAAUCGAACAUGUGAGGACCGCACAGACCAGGGUCACCUUUGGAGAAAAUUUCCAGGUGGACUGUGUUGCAACAGGCCUCCCUGAUCCAGAAGUUACCUGGAGUCUCCCAGAUGGAACUUUAAUCAACAACGCCCUGCAAUCGGACGACAGUGGCCAUCGCAACCGCCGCUAUGUCAUUUUUGGCAAUGGAACUUUACUUCUCCAGCAAAUGGGCAAAAGAGACGAGGGCGACUACACCUGUUAUGCCAAGAACAAACUGGGCAAGGACGAAAGAAAAGUGAGCGUCAAAGUGGGACCGAAUGCUCCAAAGAUUAGAUUAAAAUCCCAAUCACUGGUUACAGUAAAGUUAGGAGGAUCAGCUAAGUUGAGUUGUCAGGCAACAGGUGAACCUACACCAAGAAUUAUGUGGAUCUCACCAAGAAACGAUGUGAUAUCAAUGUCAUCAGACAAAUUUCAGAUCAUGGACGAUGGGAUGUUAGUGGUGAAAAAAGUAAUACUGGCUGACGAAGGGAAAUAUGCAUGUGUGGCACGAAAUUCUGCCGGCGACGAUGUUAAAAACAUGAAACUUGAAGCUGAACUCCAGGAACCCUUUAUCAACGGCAUGAAAGGGAUGAGCACCACAAAGGUUAUGGCUGUUUCCUACCAAACAGCGCUACUGGAUUGCAGAGUGGAAGGAAAACCUGAACCAAGAGUCUGGUGGGUUACUCCUUAUGACCACUCGCUGCCAACACCCUACCUGGGCGGUCGCUUCCAAGUCCACCGGAACGGUAGCUUGGAGCUGAGAGGGGUGAGGAAAACUGAUGAAGGGAGGUACAUGUGUCUGGCUAAAAACAAUCUGGGUGAAUCCUCACUUUUGGUUGAGCUAGACGUGGCAUCAAUAGCUGAAAAACCAAGUUUUGCUGUUCCCAAUAUUGAAAUCUUACCAAUAAAGCAAGACGGUGAGGCAAUAAUCCUGGAGUGCCCCGCUCGCGGCAAGCCGAACCCAGAGUUUACAUGGGUUCUACCCAACGGGACGAUGCUAACGCCUGGUAUUACACUCCAACGCUUCACGCAUCAUCUGGGUAACGGAAAUCUACAGAUCUCUCAACCAGUUGCAAGUGAUAAGGGAGUGUACCGGUGCCUAGCAAAAAAUGUGGCAGGACAAGCAGAGAAACGUUAUGCGCUGGAGGCGGGCAGAAAGCCACUGAUCAGAGGAUCUACAGGUGGGAUGAAGAUCACUUACGGCCUCAAUCUCAACUUGCCCUGCACUGUGGAUGGCUGGCCGCAGGCAUCAAUCACUUGGACCCUACCUAAUGGUCUUGUUUUGGACAAACCUCAGACAAUUGGCCGGAUUUUUUUUUUUGCCAAUGGGACACUCCAACUCAGGCAGGUCGCCACCUUUGACAAAGGAACAUACAUCUGUAAGGCCUCCAACUCGUUUGGUUCCUCAACACUAUCCUACCCAGUUGCAGUGAUGGUUUUCCCACCACGUAUCACUAAUACGCUGACCUCAAUUACAAGAGUCAACCGGGGAUCACCAGUGAAGUUAAACUGUGUUGCAACUGGUAUUCCCAAGCCGGAUAUUUCAUGGACGUUGCCUGGGCGCACAACGCUGCUUCCACAUAAUCGCUUCACAGUGCAGGGAGGAAUUCACAUGACAGAGGAGGGCAGUCUGGUCAUACAGAACCCUAUGCUCAUGAACUCUGGCAUUUACAAAUGCAAUGCUAAAAACGCACUUGGAACAGACUUUAAAUCUACUUACCUACAAGUGGUCUGAGUGACAUUUAAAAUGAUGCGACUGGGAAAGUGUCACAGCAGAAUUAAGACUGGAAGAGGAUUUUUCAUGAUUUGAAUAUUCUGCAUAAUAUACUGUAGAUGCUCUGGAGAGAGACCUAAAACUGCCUGACUUGAGACACCUUGCAAAGCAGUUUCCACUGAACAAUUACAUUUUGAAAUGUGGACUUCACAGAUAGCAUUUACCUUUUGUGAUUUUUGAACUACACUUUAAUUGUUUUAUGGCGCAAAUGUUGCAGAAGUCUUGUAAUUCUACAUUUCAGGCCUUGAAAAUAAUUAUUACUUGUCAAAGUGCCGUUUUAACUCACUGCUCAAAGCUUUGCCUUUCCAGCCUUACCCUGUAAGUAAUUUCACAUUCCCCAUACGACAAUAUAAUUUGUAAAAAUUUUACCUUACACUGCAAUUUUACUUUAAAGGUACCCUGCCACACGUAUUUCAUUACUUUGUGGUAAUGUCUGAAGUUCUAGCAUGGACUCUGUAACAUUGUGGAAAAAAUGCCUU